GCCUAUCUCUUUCUUAUCCCUGAAGAAGCAAAUACAGAGGGAGAUAGAAGGUGUCCAGGCUGAGUUUAGGAAAAUGAGAAACAUCCUGGACUCUGAGGAGGAAAAGCACCUGAGAAAACUGAAGAAAGAGGAGGAAGAUGUUCUGAGGGACCUGGCUGAGUCUGAAAAGGAGCUGGCCCAGGAGGCCCAGUCUGUGAGGGCGCUCAUCUCAGAUGUGCAGCAUCGGCUGCAGGGGUCAGCAAGGACCAUGUUGCAGGGUGUGAAGGACACCAUAGAAAGGUGUAAGUUAUUAAUUGUGAAGAAACCAAGAAGUAGCCCCAAGAAACAGAGGGUGGUGUUCCAAGCUCCUGAUUUAAGAGAGUUUCUCCAAUCUCAUCAAGCUUUUGUGAAACCCUCUCCAAGCAACAAUCCAUGGGCUCCUUUUGUUGUAGAUAAUCCAAGGCCAAAUUCCAAAAAGAAAGGAAAGCACCAGGCCUUAAGACCUAACAAUUCAUGGAAGUAUUCACAGGAAGAGGACUACUCGGAUUAA